AUGUCGUUUGAAAGUAAACCCACGACCAGCGUCAUCCCCGACGUGGUGGCGAAGGCCGUGCUGCAGGCCUCCCAGCUGCCGGAGGACUGCACUGCGUUCGUCGAUGGCCUCAAUUAUGACGGAAACGUAGAGAUUGAGCACCUGCUGCGCGUGUACAAGAACUUCGGCUUCCAGGCCACGCACCUCGGCCAAGCCGCCGAGAUGAUCGAUCGCAUGCUGAAGUUCCGACUCAGCGACGACCCCGUGUCUGAGGAGGACGUGGGCACCAAGUACGAGGACCCGGAGGUCCGCAAGAACACCAAAUGCACGAUAUGGUUGACUUUCACGUCCAACAUGAUCUCCUGUGGUCUGCGCGAGGCCUUCGUCUACUUGGCGAAGCACAAGCUCAUCGACGUCGUGGUGACCAGUGGCGGCGGUGUGGAGGAGGACCUGAUCAAGUGCAUGGGCAAAACCUAUAUCGGAAGGUUCAACAUGGACGGCGCCACCAUGCGUGAGCGCGGGUUGAACCGUAUCGGCAACCUUUUCAUCCCUAACGACAACUACUGCGCGUUCGAGGACUGGAUUCAGCCCAGGCUGGACGAGAUGCACCGCCAACAGGAGGAGGAGGGCGUCAACUGGACUCCGUCCAUGUUCAUCGACUACCUCGGCAAGGAGAUCAACGACGAAUCGUCGUUCUGCUACUGGUGCCACAAGAACAAGAUCCCCGUGUUCUGCCCCGGCAUCACCGACGGGUCAAUCGGUGACAACCUGUACUUCCACACCUACCGCCGCAGCGAGCCCACUACUCUGCGCAUCGACGUCGUCCGCGACAUCCGCCUCGUCAACGACAUGGCGGUGAGCGCCCGGAAGUCCGGCAUCAUCAUUUUGGGUGGCGGUCUUCCCAAGCACCACGUCGCAAACGCCAAUUUGAUGCGCAACGGCGCGGACUUCGCGGUGUACAUCUCCACCGCCCAGGAGUUCGACGGAUCCGACUCCGGCGCCAACCCCGACGAGGCCGUCUCCUGGGGCAAGAUCAAGGCCCACACCAACCCCGUGAAGGUGCACGCCGAGGCCUCGCUGGUGUUCCCGCUGCUCGUCGCGGGCGUCUUCAAGAAGUACCAAAACACUCAAGCAUUUGCGGUGUAUCACGGUCGGCCCCGACUCGUCGUAUUCCGCUUUUGUGACCCACAUCUGCUGGAACGUUUGCAGGGAGGCGACGAUGGACCCGCCGACCCAGACGGCGUAGGCCCUGUUCUUGAUGCUGCUAGCGAUCUUGACGGGCGCAUUGUCGUUCGUCGCUGCCUUGAUGUCCUUCUCGCACCUUUCCACGAAACCCGGGAACAGCGAGCUCCCGCCGGUCAGCAGGAUGUUGCUGAACAUGGUCUUGUGCAUCUCGGGUUCGCAGCUUCGCACGGAGUAAUAUACAACGUCCGCGAGCUUGGGCGCGCUGCUGCCAGCCACCUCCGGCGAGAACAGCAUCUCGGGGCAGCGGAAGCUCGCCGUCCCAGUCGCUAUAACGCUCCCGUCGGGCAGCGUGAAGCGCUUCGAAUACUGCUCCGGCUGCUUUUCCGCCAUCUUGAGCUCGUUUUCGUAGUCCAGGGCGACGUAGCCGCACUGCUCCUUGAUUUGGUUUGCGAUGUGUCGGUCCUGCAGCUUGUGCCGGUCCAAGGCGUCAAUGCUGGCCAGGAAGAAAGACGUCACAUCGUAACCGCCCACGUCCAGCCUGCCGAUUGCAUGGGGCACGAUAGUGCCCUCGUUGAUCGGCACGGCAUGCGCGACGCCUUCCCCGACGUCGAGCACCAGCCCUGUAGUUUUGGACGACCCGUAGAGUGCGAGGAGCGAUGUGGGAGCCAUGUACAGGCCCGGGACGUCAAAGGCCUCGAAAAAGAGCUGGCAGCAUCGUUCGCGGUGCAGCUUCGGGUUGAGUGGCGGCUCGGAGAGCAGCACCGGAUGUUCCCGCUGCGAGACCUUCAGCUCAUUGUGGAACGCGUGCAUCCACAGGCGCUCGGCGAGUGCCCUGCAUUCACAAUGAGCAUGCGAUACUGCGGGUGA